UAAUUUUAUACGAGAAAUAACAAGCUUCAAAUGCUAAAUUUUGAUAAUGAGAACUUCUGUAACGUCCAGAAUGACUUCUUGAAUCCGAGAAGACCAAGGAAAAGAAGACUUUCAAAUCUCUCAGUGAACAGCUCCUGUAAAAGCAAAGUCAAAGACAUCGAGAAUGAUACACUGUUGUGUCCCAAUGAAUAUUCCUACACAAGGAAUCCUUCCUCAAAUGCUUCCACAAAAUCGGUCUUGACUGCUUGUGGCCUAGGCAAGAGCGCCUUAGGUACUGGUAGGCCAAAAUCCAAAAGAGCCAGAAGGAAAUUAGUCAUAAAAAGUCAUAGAAUCAGAAAGAACCAAGCAACCUCUAUCAAAAAGAAGAAGGCAAGGCUAGCCGAGCUUCUUAGCCAAGAGAGUCAUCACCGGUCUUUGCUUAAGGCUAAAAUUGAUUUUUUCUAUAAGCCUUAUUCGAAAGAUUCAGACAUUGUCAACAACCCUCCACUGAAUUUUUCGAAUUGAACUUCUGAGUCCUCAAGACCUCAAACAAGGGAGCUCUCUGAGAAUGUCAGGAAUGGAUGGCACAAACUAAGCGGCAAGAUCUUCAAUAGUGAAGAAGAACGAUUAAAGAAGCUUUUGAAUUCCGUCAACCCUUCGUUGUACCCUGAGGAGAGAAAACUUGAUUUGAAAACUCAUAUUAAUUUCAUGAAACUUUCGGAAAAACACAAAAAGGAUUGGACUUGGUUCCCUCAAUUGACUGAGCAAAUGGACGAAAAGAGCUCCGAUGAAUUAGUCAAAGAAGGUGUUGAGAUCUUUAAGGCUCUGCUCGCUGAAAAGAUUACAAAGAGGCAAGAGGAGUACUCUAACCAGAGAAAGUAUCACAGCUCUUUCAUUCCACAAGUUUCUUCUUUCUCAGACUGUGGUUUGAGCAAGAGGUCUAAAAGUAGGAAGAGAAGAGCUAUAAUGAGUAAUCUUAAACUAAAGCCUAUCUCAGAAGAUUAUGUCAGAAACGAUCCGGUCAUUAAUUCUCAAAAAUUAUACAAAAAUUUGAUGAAGGACUGGAACGAGGUCAAACGAUGCAAAAAUAAUCCAAUGGCUCCAAACCAGUUGACACGGCUUUCCGAUAUCAAUCGUUGCAUCAAGCAGGACCCUCUUCUUAACAAAAUUAGGCAAUUUAAACCUAUCGAUCAGAACUCCUUUAAGAAGGAGAUUUUUGAAACCAGUGUGUAUUCAGAACAAACUCAAAUAGGCAUGAAAAAGCAGAAAGACUUCGAAAGAUUAAGCAGGCUCUGAAACUCAAAAGCUGUAAGAGAUAAGGCAUACAUCUCUGAGGCUAGUACUAGGCUUCACUCUAGUGAUGUUGGCUCUAAACAGACUAGGUUCCGCUUGCCUACCACUUCAGACAUGAAUUCUACUGGAAUCAAGCUAUCAGAUAGUUCAAGAUGUUCAAGUGCAUCUGUGAGUGAAAAUUCUGAUAUAUAAUUAUAUUUACCAUACUGCAUUCAACCAUUUUGGUGA